AUGAUUCGACGAGCGUCCCGACAGACGCGGAAAAGACCGGCAAGAGCCAAGGACAUUGAGGACUUGGCAACUCAGCCCCCAAAAGCCGCUCGGUGGGAACCUCCCAGAUGGCGUGAAACUUGGGAGAACAUAAACCGAAUGAGGGCCGGCCGUGACGCCCCUGUUGAUACAAUGGGAUGUGACAAACUUGCUAAGGAGAAUGAAGAUCCCAAAACAUUCCGGCUUCAAAUUUUGCUGUCUCUGAUGCUCUCAAGUCAGACUAAGGAUGAGGUUACGGCAGCAGCUAUGAGACGACUUACGGACCAUGGCUGUAAUCUGAAGAACCUCUUGACUAUGUCCGAGGAAGAACUGCGAGACAUCAUUCAGCCUGUUGGUUUCCACAGGGUAUCAUACGUUCACAUUGUAAAUGAGCGCUUUUUUUAGCAAAAGGCAAAGUUCAUAAAGAAGACCUGCGAAAUACUACACAAGGACUAUGCUGAUGAUAUCCCAGAUACGGUGGAGAAAUUAAUGACCCUUCCAGGUUUGGUCUUUAUUCUAUCGUGUCAUAGUAAAUUGGCCUAGGUGUGGGACCGAAAAUGGCGCACUUGGCAAUGCGUUGUGCAUGGAAGGUCGUUUCUGGUAUUGGAGUGGACACGCACGUUCAUAGGAUAUCAAACAGGCUGCGGUGGGUUCCAAAGCCGACAAAGACUCCGGAACAAACUCGACUUGCCCUCGAGGCCUGGCUUCCAAGGUGUUUUUCUAUGAUUUUUGCUUGGAAAGGAAGACGUUUUCCUAUGCUCUCCAGAUCCCUCCAACGCAAGUUUGGUGUGCUCGAACAGGUCUUUUAGGGCAGUUUUUACUUUCUAUCUUCAAUAGACGCGUCAGUAGUUGCCUGCCGGUCGUCACGAUACAGCUUCAGGGUCAGUUCUAGCGGAUGGAGAGUACAAACAAACUUGCAUUAUCGUACGGACCGUUUGAAUCACUUUUGGGCCUUUCGUGCGCAGUCGCUCAGUUACAUGCUCUAAUGCCUCCUUUUAUGUUUCAUCGUUGCAGGGAUUACUGGAAUGAAAUCAACAGUCUCCUUGUGGGCUUUGGGCAACAGACCUGUCUGCCAGUUCGUCCGAAGUGCUCUCAAUGCAUCAACCAGCCCAUUUGUCCCUUUGCAAAGAGCCUUAAGAAAUGA